CUGAUCUGGGAUCGAUUGAGAAGCUCGUGAUGUGUGUUUUCCGGUGAUCGCUCAGAGGCUCGGUAGAGUCGGUUGUGUCGGUUGCGUCUGUUGUGUUGAGGGAGAAGACACACACAGCAGACAGACACGCUAACCCACAGGCCGGACCCUCCGGAGAGGCGCCAUGGCCGCGGGGCUAUGAGACAGCGGGAGUCAUGGCGGGUCGGCAGCGGGUAACCGCGCUCUGUGCGCUGCUCCAGCUCGGCUUGUUGCUGCCGCUGCUGUCGGGUCGGAGCGCCGGGAGACCGCUGGAGGGAUGUACCGGAGAAAAGUCCCGUCAGUCGGCGAGACCCCCCGUGGUCCUCGUUCCUGGGGAUCUGGGGAACCAGUUGGAGGCGAAGCUGGAUAAACCCAGUGUGGUUCAUUACAUCUGCUACAAGAAGACCGACUCCUUCUUCACCCUGUGGCUCAACCUGGAGCUGCUGGUCCCUGUGGCCAUCGACUGCUGGAUCGACAACAUCAGAUUAAUCUACAACAGGACCACACACAGCAGCCAGUCCCCUCCAGGCGUGGACAUUCGUGUCCCGGGGUUUGGACAGACGUAUCCCCUGGAGUACCUGGACCCCAGCAAACGCAGUGUGGGCAUGUAUUUCUUUACAAUAGUGCAAGCCCUGGAAGAAUGGGGAUACACCAGAGACGAUGACGUCAGAGGAGCCCCCUAUGAUUGGAGGAAAGCCCCGAAUGAGAAUAAAGAGUAUUUCCUGGCGCUGCAGCAGAUGAUUGAGGAGAUGGCAGAGAAAGCUGGUGGGCCCGUGGUGCUCAUCGCUCACAGUAUGGGCAACAUGUACACCUUGUACUUCCUCAACCAGCAGCCUCAGGCCUGGAAGGACCGGUACAUAAAAGCUUUCAUCUGUCUGGGGCCGCCGUGGGCCGGCGUCGCCAAGACCCUCCGCGUCAUCAUCUCCGGUGAUAAUAACCGCAUCCCAGUGAUCAGCCCGUUGAAGAUUCGCUCCCAGCAACGUUCUGCUGUCUCCACCGCCUGGCUGCUGCCCUAUGCCCACUCUUGGGCCAAAGAUGAG